GAUGCUACCACAUUCCAUGUAACUGUCCGAGAUGAUAAUAGCAUCGCUGUCUCUUUAGAAGCUUCAGAUGUCAUGAGUCCAUCAUCUGUGUAUGUUGUGAAGAUAACUGGUGAAUCAAAAAAUUACUUCUUCGAAUUUGAGGAAUUCAACAGUACUUUGCCUCCUCCCGUUAUCUUUAAGGCCAAUUAUCAUGGUCUAUAUUAUAUAAUCACUCUGGUAGUGGUAAAUGGAAAUGUGGUUACCAAGCCGUCCAGAUCAAUCACUGUGUUAACAAAACCUCUUCCUGUAACCAGUGUUUCAAUAUAUGACUAUAAACCUUCUCCUGAAACAGGAGUCCUCUUUGAAAUUCAUUAUCCAGAAAAAUAUAACGUUUUCACAAGAGUAAACAUAAGCUACUGGGAAGGUAAAGACUUCCGGACAAUGCUAUAUAAAGAUUUUUUUAAGGGAAAAACAGUGUUUAAUCACUGGCUGCCAGGAAUAUGCUAUAGUAAUAUCACCUUUCAGCUGGUAUCCGAGGCAACUUUUAAUAAAAGCACUCUCGUGGAGUACAGCGGUGUCAGUCAUGAGCCCAAACAGCAUAGAACUGCCCCUUAUCCACCUCGGAAUAUCUCAGUUCGUAUAGUGAACUUGAACAAAAACAACUGGGAAGAAGAGAGUGGCAGUUUCCCAGAGGAAUCGUUCAUAAGAUCACAAGAUACAAUGGGAAAGGACAGAGUCUUCCAUUUUACAGAGGACACUCCUGAAAUUCCCUCUGGCAACAUUUCCUCUGGUUGGCCUGACUUUAACAGCAGUGAUUUCAAAACAACAUCCCAGCCAUAUUGGUGGGACAGCGCAUCUGCGACUCCUGAAAGUGAAGAUGAAUUUGUCAGUGUGCUUCCCACAGAAUACGAAAAUAACAAUACACUCAGUGAGACGGAGAAAUCGGCAUCCAGCUCCUUCUCUUCUUUCCCUGUACAAAUGAUAUUGAGUUGGUUACCACCAAAACCACCCACUGCCUUUGAUGGGUUCCAUAUCCACAUAGAAAGAGAAGAAAACUUUACUGAAUAUUUGACAGUGGAUGAAGAAGCACAUGAAUUUGUUGCAGAACUGAAGGAGCCCGGGAAAUAUAAGUUAUCUGUGACAACCUUUAGUUCCUCAGGAUCUUGUGAAACUCGAAAGAGUCAGUCAGCAAAAUCACUCAGUUUUUAUAUCAGUCCUUCAGGAGAAUGGAUUGAGGAACUCACGGAGAAGCCCCAGCACGUGAGUGUCCACGUCCUGAGCGCAACCACCGCCUUGAUGUCCUGGGCGUCUCCCCAGGAGAACUACAAUGGCACCAUUGUGUCCGUGGUGUCGCUCACCUGCCAGAAACAGAAGGAGAGCCAGAGGCUGGAAAAGCAGUACUGCACCCAGGUGAACUCAAGCAAAUCUAUUAUUGAAAAUCUCGUUCCUGGUGCCCAAUACCAGGUUGUGAUGUACCUAAGAAAAGGCCCUUUGAUUGGACCACCUUCAGAUCCUGUGACAUUUGCUAUUGUUCCAACUGGAAUAAAAGACUUGAUGCUCUAUCCCUUGGGUCCUACAGCAGUGGUUUUGAGCUGGACCAGACCUUACUUAGGAGUGUUCAGAAAAUAUGUGGUCGAAAUGUUUUAUUUCAACCCUACAACAAUGACAUCAGAAUGGACAACCUACUAUGAAAUAGCCGCAACUGUCUCCUUAACUGCCUCAGUGAGGAUAGCAAAUCUGUUGCCAGCAUGGUACUACAACUUUCGCGUUACCAUGGUAACAUGGGGAGACCCGGAACUCAGCUGCUGUGACAGCUCCACUAUAAGCUUCAUAACAGCACCAGUUGCUCCAGAAAUCACGUCUGUGGAAUAUUUCAACAGUCUGCUCUACAUCAGUUGGACCUACGGGGAUGACACCACAGACCUCUCCCAUUCUAGGAUGCUCCACUGGAUGGUUGUUGCAGAAGGAAAGAAGAAAAUUAAAAAGAGUGUAACGCGCAAUGUCAUGACUGCAGUUCUCAGCCUGCCCCCUGGAGAUAUCUACAAUCUCUCGGUAACUGCUUGCACAGAGAGAGGAAGUAACACCUCCAUGCUCCGUCUUGUCAAACUAGAACCAGCUCCUCCAAAGUCCCUCUUUGCAGUGAAUAAAACCCAGACCUCGGUGACUUUGCUGUGGGUGGAAGAGGGAGUAGCUGAUUUCUUCGAAGUCUUCUGCCAGCAAGUUGGCUCCAGUCAGGAAGCAAAACUCCAGGAACCAAUUUCUGUUUCCGCUCAUGUCGUGACCAUCUCCAGCCUCCUUCCUGCCACUGCCUACAACUGCAGUGUCACCAGCUUUAGCCAUGACAGGCCCAGUGUCCCUACAUUCAUAGCAAUCUCCACAAUGGUUACAGAGAUGAAUCCCAACGUGGUGGUCAUCUCCGUGCUGGCCAUCCUCAGCACACUGUUAAUUGGACUGCUGCUUGUCACUCUUAUCAUUCUUAGGAGAAAGCAUCUGCAGAUGGCAAGGGAGUGUGGAGCAGGAACUUUCGUCAAUUUUGCAUCCUUGGAGCGGGAUGGGAAGCUCCCAUACAACUGGCGUAGGAGUAUAUUUGCUUUCUUAACCCUGCUACCCUCAUGUCUUUGGACUGAUUAUCUUUUGGCAUUUUAUAUUAAUCCUUGGAGUAAAAAUGGCUUAAAGAAGAGGAAACUGACUAAGCCACGGUACCAGUCUGGUGCCAGAGGAGAGGACUGGACUGCGGAGUCAGCCAGCCAGAUCCGAGCUCUGGCUCUGCAGCCAGCGGCCUGGAGCAGGACCCAGGGGCAGGGGCGGGUCCCCGCCGGUGCCCUGCCCAGCGGGCUGGCUCCGGCCUCGGCCCUAAACCGCGGCCGCGGGGCCAAUCCGGCCUCUGGGGCGCACCCGGGCCGCCUUUCCGGGCCCGCGUGGCAGCGCUCCGCCGCGUCCCCGAGUCCCGGGAGUCGGCGCGGCGCGGUGAGUGCUUGCGUGGCGGGCCCGGCGCUGGUCGGGGCGGCCUUUGUCUGCGGCCGAGCCCGGCCCCCGGCCGCCGGGAGCGGGCCUGCUGCAGGACUGCUGGGGAGGGCGGUGAGCCCCCUCCCUCGCAGGGCGCCCCCGCCCCAGCCCUCUCCCCCUGCCGGGGCUGGCCGCGGCGCCGGGAGCACGUUGGACCCCAGAUCUGGGGCCCGGAGGCGGCUGGGGCUGCCAGAAUCCAAUCCCGCCCCCAGCCCUGCCUCCCCUUCCCCUGGCCGGCGGGGCCUGAGCACUGUGGGACCUGCCCUCACCCGGGAAUCCGUUCGAGGGGGAGGCUGGGCGGGUGGCCGCCCAGGGUGA